AAAAUGAGUCUCCACGCUCUAUGGCCAGCCGACAUGGCGAUUGCCAGACAGUUUGCCCCGGCUUGAAACAUUCUCCGGAUUUUCUCUUCCAAGAGAAACACCGCGACAGGCAACCCUUUACGCGUCCUCUCCAUCUUUCCUCGUCAAUCCACUGGCCAAGGGAAACAGAAAUGCUAGGCAGUUUUCGACACUCAUCGAGAGUUGGCCAACAUGUCGCCACAUGUCUGGAUGAAAUUACCAAUGGCGACGAACUGGCGUAUCUGGGCGAUGACUUUCACGAACAUUAGUAUGACCCAUCGUUGUGCUGCCGAGCGUACCACAGACCAUGCCACCCCCUCUCACGUAAAAGAAAAGGCCCAUGGCGCGGAGACGAGAGAUGGCCAUCGGGAACAACCCUGCCUUGUGCCAAACCUUCGCUCUUGA